UCAGCCCCGGGUCCCUGUCUGGGCUCAGUCGAGGGGGAUUUAUGAAAAAGAGCCGCUCCUCUCCUCUCCUCCCAUGUAGGACAUGCUAUGACCGCCUCGUUACUCCUCGGCUCGCCCUGGAUCGACCCGGUCAUGUUCCUCUACGACGGCGGCUCCCAGGAGGAGAGAGGCAAGAACAUGGAUGGCUUCGCCGGUGGGAACUUCGCCGCGAACCAGUGCAGGAAUCUGUUGGCGCACCCGACCUCGCUGGCGCCCAGCACCAACUACGCUGCCAGCGAGGUGCCAGUCUCCGGCGUGGGGGAGCCUGGCAAGCAGUGCAGCCCCUGCUCUGCUACCCAGAGCUCGCCCAACGCCUCUCUGCCCUACGGAUACUUUGGCAGCGGAUAUUACCCGUGCAGGGUGUCGCACGGCGGCGUCAAGGCGUGCGCGCAGUCCUCCGGUUACGGGGAGAAACACGCGGACUCGUCGGUCUCCGGUGAGGAGUUUUCCGCCCGGGCCAAGGAGUUUGCCUUCUACCAGGGAUAUUCCUCCAGCCCCUACCAGCCGAGCUACCUGGACGUGCCGGUGGUGCCUGCGCUUAGUGCGCCCUCAGAGCCAAGAGAGUCUCUGCUGCCCAUGGAGCCCUAUCAGCCCUGGGCCAUCACCAACGGGUGGAGUGGCCAGGUUUACUGCACCAAGGAGCAGCCGCAGGCAAGCUCUCUGUGGAAAUCCUCAUUACAAGGUAUCUUUUUAGACUCGUUAUCCGCAGGUGUGGAAAGCUCGGUCCGCCGUGGGAGAAAGAAACGCGUGCCAUACACCAAGGUGCAACUCAAAGAACUGGAGAGGGAGUACGCCACCAACAAAUUCAUCACCAAGGACAAAAGGAGGCGGAUAUCCGCGCAGACGAACCUGACAGAGAGACAAGUGACGAUCUGGUUCCAGAACAGGCGCGUAAAGGAGAAGAAAGUUGUCAAUAAGUUCAAGAGCUCCAGUUAGCUCCCGAAAAAUCGCCAAGAACAAGCCAAAGGCGGACAUGGGUGCGCUUUCAGCAGAGGAGAGAAGAAGAAGAAGGGGGAAAAAAAGACAUAAAACUGUGCUAUAAUUUAUUCCAUUUAGAAACUGUUACGCGCUCUCGCCAGAGCUGAUCUGGUUUGAACUCUAACGUUUCCUUCCUCGUUUUAAUUGGAACCAGUCCGCGGGGCCUGCUGGCAGAAGAUCGGAAGUGAUCAAGAGUUUUGCGUGGGAUGCUUCAGUAAUCACCGCGCUGACAAGACGUCCUGCCUUGAAAAGGCCGAAACUGCACCAAAUUGUGCGCAUCUUUGUUUUAAUAAGAGCAUAUAAGGCUGAAACGCACAACAAAAAAUAUAAGAGUAACACUUUUUGGUUACAGAGUGACACGAGCAGGCUGACGUCACCAAAUUAUUAAAGCAUAUAUGUAGUAUUAUUAUUUUUUGUUCCAACUUUACGCUCCAGUUUGACAAAUUUAUUCUCCAUUAAAAAUCAACUUUUUGCCACAUCUCCCAUUCUGAACGAGUUAAAUGUAACCCAAGAGUUCAGGGAUGUCCAACAUUGCAAUCAAGGCCGUCUCCGGACGAUUUUGAAAGGGGCGGACAGAUUGUCCGCUGCAUAUAAUCAUUGUGUGGGGCACUGAAUCAAAAAAAAAAAAAAAAAAAA